GAGCACCUGGCCCGCCUGGCACAGAGGAGGAGGGCCUGCCUGGGAAGGGGCGCAGCCUUGCACAAAGCCACGCCCCUUCCAGCCUUGCGCGGGGCCAGGCGCGGAGGUAGCAGGCUGGGGACCCUCCUAGCCCUGGAUCGGGCCCCGUGAUGAGCACCCACGGGAAGCUGCGCAAGGCUGAAUAUGACGCGCAAGUCAAAGAACUACGUUCCCAGCUGGGUGAGCAACUGCGGGGGCUGGAGACUCAGGCAGAGGCGAAACAGCAGUUGCUGCAGGACCUGGGUGACUUCCUGCGGCGCAAGGGGGAGCUGGAGUUGGAAUAUGGGCGUGGACUGGAGCGAGCAGCUGAGCGCCUGGGAGCCCGGCUGCGGGAGCACCCUGCAAUGCGGCGAGGGGACCAGGACCUGCCAUCCGGGCUCCAGUGCUGCCAGGCUGUCCUGCUCCAGGCACGCCAGGCUGGGCGGGAGCAUGGGGCCCUAGGUGAGGCCUGCGUGGGACCCCUCAACCUGGCCCUGGCACAGCUCAGCGAUGAUGUGGGGCGCCUAACCAAGAAGGCCAAGGAGCUGCAGCAGCGCAGCCAGGAGGACCUGCUGGCAGCAGUGGCCGAGGUGCAGCCGGCCCUGCGCACCUACCAGGGCUACCAGGCAGAGGCGCUGAGCGCUGAGGCGAAGCUGCGGGAGGCCGAGCGGCAGGAGGAGAAGCGCCGGGGUCGUCCCAACCCCUCCAGCGCCCCCCCGGGACCUCCAGCGGGGGUCGGCGCCAAAACUCCGCGGAGGGGCUCAAUGACCAAGGGGGAGCGACUGGUGGAGAAGCGCCUGGUACGGGCGCAGGAGGCACAGCUGAAGGCGGCCAAGGCGCGCAAUGACUACCUGCUCCUGCUGGGGGCAGCCAAUGCCCGUCUGCGUGUGCACUUCCUGCAUGACCUCGACCAUCUGCUUGAUUGCUGUGACCUGGGCUUCCACACUGGCCUGGCCCGGACUCUCCAGCGCUACAUGGGGGCUGAGCGUCGGGCCCGGGGUGGGCCACUGGGAAGGCUGGAGGGGCUGGAUGGGGCCGUGCGAGGCCUUGACCCCUCCGGAGACAAAGCCAAGGUCAUGGAGGCCAAUCCCAGUGCCUACUGCCUACCCCCUUCCUUCGAGUACCAGCCCCACGAGGGUGAUGAGGUGGCCGAGGUGGUGGCCGAGGGAUCCCUGCGCGCAGAACUGUCCCAGCGCCUCCAGCAGCUGCAGACCCGCCUUAGUGCUCUUGACCUGGAGAAAGAGGAGCUGAGCAAGACGCUCCAGGCAACACUAGGCAGCCUUGCAGAGCUGAUGGGGACUGAGGAGCAUGAUGGGUUGGAGCUGGGAAUCCAGGAGUCCCAGGAUCUCACCCCCACCCGGACCCCCCCAGGGAAACGCCGGGCCCAGCUGCAAGAGACAGAGAGCUUCUAUCUGGCGAAGCUGAGCGACUUUCUCCAGGACCGAAGCAUCCAGGCUAAGUUGGAGUCCAAGAGGGAUCAGCUGCAGGCAGCACUCAAGCGGGCAGCCUCAGCAGAGAAGCUGGGCAGGACCCCCCAGCACCUGCGGUGUCCUCGGCCCCUGUCGCAGUGUCCUGGGCAGGGCUUCCCCAGUGACCUGGAGACCUUUGUACAGAGCACAGGGGAGCCCAUCCCCCUGGUAGUGAAGAGCUGCAUCCGCUACAUCAACCUGCAUGGGCUGCAGCACGAGGGGAUCUUCCGCGUCCCAGGGUCUCAGGUUGAGGUGUCGGAGCUGCGCAAUGCCUUUGAGAGAGGUGAGGAUCCACUGGCAGACCCUGUGACCCCCAUCAGCCUGGACUCGGUGGCUGGGGCCCUGAAACUUUUCUUCCGGGGGCUGCAACCCCCCCUGCUGCCCCCUGAGCUCUACAAUGACCUCAUUGCCACUGACCAGCUGCCCACUGGCCCCUACCGCCUGGCUCAGCUCCACGCUGUCUUGUCCAAGCUCUCGGCCCCGACGCUUGUGCUGCUGCGCUACCUGUUCGCCUUCCUCAACCACCUGUCCCAGUACAGCGACGAGAACCUGAUGGAUGCGCACAACUUGGCUGUGUGCUUUGGGCCAGCACUGGGGGGUCUUCCACCUGGCACCGACCCCGUGGGGGCUCAGCCCCGGUUCGACGCGGCUGUGGCAGCCCUGGUACUGCAGCCUGAUGCUGCCUUCCCUGCUCCCCCUGCGCUGUCCGGGCCCGUCUACGAGAAGUGCAUGGCGCUACAUGUCGAUGACGGAGACUGUGACUCGCAGCAGCUGGAGGGUGUGGCUGAGGAAGGUGAUGCCCCCCCAGGAACCUCGCCCUCUGCCCUACCCAUAUCAUGUGAUGACCUCCCAAUGGCCCCUGGCCCACAGCGAUGGUGGGGACGUCCGGAGGUGAACGGGGCCCGAAGCCUUAUUCCACAUACAUUUCCUGUCCUGCCUGAAUGUGCCUCUCCUGUGGAUGGUGAGUUCAAGAACCCCCCUACUGAAACCACUCUGGAACCAAGCAGCAGGCUACGGGUAGACUCGUCCGGGACCCAAGGGCGGGGGACGAGCCCUGGGCGUAGACGCAUCACACACUUCACGGAGCUGGGACACAUGCCCCUUUCUGGGGGGGGCCGCGGGGGCCUGCAUGCUGACAGGGCAGAGCCUAAGAGCACUGGGGACCGGCAGGGUCUAGUCCAGACCUUCACAGAGGUGGACAAGGCUGUGAGCAGACACAUGACAUCUGUGUUCCAGGAGCUGCGGGGUCGCGCUGCCCUCAAGCCCCUGGGGGCCCCCAACUCCCCACCUGCAUUCCCCAAGGAGUGAGCCCCAGCCCAGGCUACCAGCUGCCCCUUCCUGUGCUUGCAGGGCUGUCUGCAGAUGUAAUAGCUUAGCCAAUAUGCCUGGGUACAAUCCCCUGCAUGGAAGGGUUGGUUAGAGUAAGCCCAAUGCCUGGGUUCUUUCUCCGCUCAGGGAAUCAUGGGUAGUAAGAGCUGGUUGGACACCUGGGGUCCUGGCCCUGCGGGUGGGGGGGGGG